CUCACAUAAUUUCCCAAGCAUUUCAAUGGAGCUUGCUGGAUUUCUUUUGAUCCUCUCGCUGUGUGCCACCUCCGCCCACGCCCAGACCACUCUCGUCUUCGCAAACAACGCCCAAGGAACCGCCGGCGGUAGGCGCUUCGACUCCGUGGUGGGCGCCCAGGGAGCCUUCACCAUCCUCUCCGACGCCAUCGCCUUCGUCCAGUCCACAUUCGACUACUCCAAUCCAUCCACGCCCAAGAAGAGCGUCGCCAGGAUCACCUUCACGGUCGACGAUAUCGGCGGCGUCGCGUACACCAGUAACGAUCAGAUCCAUCUCAGCGCGUCAUAUGUUGGGGAUUACAGCGGCGAUGUUGCGAGAGAGAUCCGGGGAGUGAUGUUCCACGAGAUGACUCAUGUGUGGCAGUGGAACGGGAGAGGGGGCGCUCCCGGGGGAUUGAUCGAGGGGAUUGCCGAUUUUGUGAGGCUCAAGGCGAAUCUGGCACCGUCGCAUUGGGUGAAGCCCGGGGCGGGGAAUCGGUGGGAUGAGGGGUACGAUGUUACUGCCAGGUUUCUCGACUAUGUCAACAGUCUAAGCGCAGGCUUUGUGGCCAAGCUCAAUGCCAAGCUUGCAACUGGGUGGAGCGAGAGCUACUUCCAGGACUUAACCGGGAAGAGCGUUGGAACCCUUUGGAGCGAUUACAAAAAAAAAUACAGCUAAUCAUAACGAAAAAUGAUUCAAUAUAUAUUAGUAAAUACCUUAAAAUAAAUGUGAUGAAAAGGAUUUUUAUAAUACUUAUAUUUAUUUAAAGUUUU